CAAUCCCCUCCCAAAACCGCUGGUUUAUUUGAGGCGGUAUAAAAGCAGUAAGUUGUAACCAUUAGCUACAGAACCUGCAAUGACUACUCCCAUGGAGGAGAGUUUAGAGAGAGAGAGAGAGAGAGAAAGAGAAGAGAAGAUGAGAGAGAAAGAGUGCAGUCUUUGCGGUGACAUUGGCUUCUCGAAAGAACUUCUUCCAUGCCGGAAAUGCGGUUUCCGCUUCCAACACACGUAUUGCAGCCGGCUGUACCCCAAUAUACAACCGGAGACGUGGCGGUGCGAGUGGUGCAUCCACGAAGAAGAGAAACAGCAGCACAAAACGAUUCACAAGACUAACAUCGGCAACAACCCAAAAGUGUUUGAGUUCCUUAUUGAGAUUGCUCAGUCCUUGCCUUCUCAACAGCAGCGACAAGGAGUGGCAGCAGCGAAAGGGGGAGAGGAGAAGCCGCGGACGCCUCGCGGCGGCAGUAAAGGAGUGGAUCAGCAGAGAUCGUCGGCUUCGUUGAGGGGCCCUUCUUCCUCGAGGGGCUUUUCCCCAUCCUCCGCCACCGGGCAUCUGAGAAAGCAGCAGCAGCGGUGGAGAAAGCAGCUGAACUGCAACUCCUCGUCCUCAUCGAAAGUCAUAGGCCGAAGAUACAAGCUCCUCGCCGAUGUUCUCUGCUAGGAUUAUUCGCUCAUGCGAUCAAUCACAGUCUUGUAAAUGGAAUUUCUCUUUUUGUCUGUUGUUUUUAAGAUUUGGGCAUUUGCUUUCUUUUGCCCUUUCUCCUUGUAUGUAAAUCCGGUGUAGGUUCCAUGUAAUUUCCCCAUCAAACAAACGAGCAACGUUUUCUUUUGGA